CUCUCUCUCUCUCAUCGUCUUCCAAAUUUCCAUUUCAAUUUUCCUUUUCCGUUAGAGGCGCGGCUUUCGAUAUGGCUCCGACGCCGGUGGAGCCGACCGGCGAGUCCACGUCCGGCGAGUCGUCGCAGCGAGCUCUUCCAACUCCGUUUUUGACCAAGACGUAUCAGCUCGUCGACGACCCCUCAAUCGACGACGUCAUCUCAUGGAACGACGACGGAUCCAGCUUUGUCGUCUGGAACCCCACCGUCUUCGCCAGAGAUUUGCUCCCCAAGUACUUCAAGCACAACAACUUCUCCAGCUUCGUACGGCAGCUCAACACCUACGGAUUUCGGAAGGUUGUGCCGGACCGAUGGGAAUUCUUGAACGAUAGCUUUCGGAGAGGCGGGAAGCGGCUUCUCUGCGAAAUACAACGCCGGAAAAUCAACCCUCCGGCGCCGCCGGUGGCGUCGGUUUGGGCGGUUUCGACGGCAAAACCGAUGAUCUCCCCGUCGAACUCCGGCGACGAGCAGGUGAUGUCUUCGAGUUCGUCGCCGAUCAGAGCAUCGUCGGAGAUUAUGGACGAGAACGAGAGGCUGAGGAAAGAGAACGUGCAGCUCACCAAGGAGCUGGCGGAGGUCAAGUCCCUCUGCAACAACAUCUUCACCAUGGUAUCGAAUUACGCUUGCGCCCAAUCGGAGAACGGUUUCCCGGAGCUAAAACCGCUGGAGUUGAUGCCCCGGAAGCGUUUCUCCGGAAAGAGGAAGAACGAAGAGGAAGAAGAGGCGAGUCCGAAGCUUUUCGGGGUGGUGAUUGGGGCCAAGCGCGCGAGAGAGGCCGGCGGCGACGGCGUAGAGAACGAUGAGACCGACUUGCGGCCUCAGCAACCGAGUGGUAGCGAGGUUAAAUCAGAGCCGUCGGAUAUUGGUCAUAAGGAAACGCCGUGGCUGAAGCAAUGCCACAUGGCUAAUCAGAGGGUGUGCAACUGAUCAGUAGUUAGAAGCAACGGUAGAUAUUAGAUGGAGUUGUACUUGGAAGAACCAGGAUUGAGGCACGUGUUAAAAAUGGGUUCACGUGCGUCGUCAACCUCUAGGGGGGGGCCAUUCCCUUCAAGAAGUUUCUUAGACUGUCUACUCUUUUUGCUUUAUGAAUUUUAGAAAUAACACUUUUGUUUUGUCUUC